UCCAUUGUCAGGCUCUCUAGAUUUGUGAUGACCCCUUCGGCGGGACAUGUCUGAGACCACAAAAACAGGAAUUUCUGAGGAAUUUUGUCCCGUUAACAAUGAGCAAUAGCCUGAGAAGUCGAAGUGAGAUCCUACGGGAUGAUGAGUGCCUCAUCAACUCCAAACUUCCAAAGGAGGACACCUUAAGGAUAUUUUCAUACCUAGAUGUGGUGAGCCUGUGUCGAUGUGCCCAGGUUUCCAAGGCCUGGAACCAGCUUGCUCUAGAUGGCAGCAACUGGCAGAAGGUGGAUUUAUUUAACUUCCAGAAGGAUGUCGAGGGGAAAGUGGUUGAACAUAUUUCCAAACGAUGCGGUGGCUUCCUCAAGAAUCUCAGCCUCUAUGGUUGCCAGAAUGUCACAGAUGAUGCUCUCAACACAUUUGCACAGAACUGCAGAAAUAUAGAGAUUCUGCGGAUGAGUGACUGUAAGAAGAUCUCAGACAAGACGGCAGCCAGCCUGAGCAAGUACUGCAGUAAACUCCACAGGCUCAAGCUAGACUCCUGCACGUCCAUCACAGACCAGGCUCUCAAGUACCUCAGUGAUGGAUGUCACAACCUGAGCUAUCUCAAUGUGUCUUGGUGUAACCUGACAGACAACGGCAUCGAGGCCUUGGCAAGGGGCUGUCCCAAAUUAGCCGUGCUGAUCUGUAAAGGAUGCCAUCAAUUAACAGAAGAGUCCCUCACUCAUCUAGGAAUCCACAGUCCCAACUUGACAACCCUUAAUGUUCAAGGUUGCACGUUGAUGACAGACGAAGGUAUGCAGAGACUGGCUCAGGGUUGCCGGAAGCUUCAGUCUCUCUGCCUCUCCGGCUGCACGCACCUCACCGACGCAACGCUAAUAGCACUCAGUAACUUCUGCCACAAACUCAGAACAUUGGAAGUGGCCAGCUGCUCUCAGUUUACAGAUAAUGGUUUCCAAGCGUUAGCAAGAACAUGUUCAGAAUUGGAGAGGAUGGAUCUUGAAGAAUGUUCACUGAUUACCGACUCCACGUUGUUGCAUUUGGCAAAUGGUUGCCCUUCAUUGCAAGAACUAAGUUUUUCCCACUGCGAGCUGAUCACAGACGAGGGGAUCCGCCAUAUAGGCACCAGCGCCUGUGCCACGGAGCACCUGCAGGUCAUCGAGCUGGACAACUGUCCGCUGAUCACUGACGUGGCGCUGGAACACCUGAUGGGCUGCCAGAGCCUGCAGAGGAUCGAGCUGUAUGACUGCCAGCUGAUCACCAGAGCCGGCAUCAGGCGGCUAAGGGCACAACAUCCUGAUGUCAAAGUUCAGGCCUACUUUGCACCUGUCACGCCGCCCCCUUCUGUAGGUGGGGGUCGACCACGGUACUGUAGAUGUUGCACCAUAAUCUAGACACGCCCCUGCAAACAAAUCCAUGAAUCUGACGUGAACAGUUUUCAAAUGCUUGCCUCUGAUUUGCCCGUUGUCCUUGAAUGACCUUGAUCAGUGAUGACAAAUCAGUCAGUCUGUAAUUCAAGCAUAAUGCUGAGUAGGUGUUACGCGUUUGCCAUUGGGCCAGUUUAUGACAUCCUGUGGCUGUAGGCUCAUCUGUAGUAUAUUUUACCGUGUCGUUGCUUGUUCUAUAACGAGCCAUGUUGCUCUCCUACUUGGGUAUUUGGGGGCCAAGUUUCGUGCCGUUACUCUCAGCAGAAAACAAACCCCCAAGCAUUUGUCACAGCCUAGGUGUGCUUACGCUAAAGCGUGUCGCGAUUUUGGCCACUGCUGCGUGACUGUUUUUUGGGCAAAGUCAACUCUAUGCUCGCUGCUCAUAGUCACCAUGAGACCAUCAAAGGAUCCAAGGGUUAGAGGCUUAGGCACAAGUUGCGGUUGGGCCUUGGUCUGAGCAGUGCCACUUACAGUGAGUUGUUGGUUCGUUAAUGCAAUGGACCAUUCCGCCACUGGCCAACCCCCUGAUGAGAACCAGAUUAAUGCAGCACUGAGUUACCAGCUUGCUUGUCAUUUGUAGCAUAGCGGCUGUGUGACGUUUGGCCCCCAACGCUAUCAACUUUGUUUUUUUAGGAGGAAAUCUACAAGGGAUUUCAAAAUGCAUCACAGCAUUAAAUUAACUAGCAGAGCAACAGGACACACACCGGUAUACGCUUGGGGGAAAAACGUUAAGUGAGCCAUCAAGACUGUCUAACACACAGACUCAUGACAAAAAAGUUUGAGUGAAAUUUGUUCUUUUUCAUUUCUUCAUCAAGCUUCACUAGUAAUGGUCCUCAUAAUAUUUCAAGUGACAUGUCCAAAAAGUGACUGUUAUUGACAGACAUGUCAACUAAAUAAUAAUUAUUAAAAAAUCAUCUCUCCUCAAAAACGGAAGAAAACAACAAAUCCUCUCCUUCGUUCAAAUAAAUUUUUUUUAGGAGCUGUUGGAUAAAUAAGCUAGAUUUCACACAUUUUCAUUGUGAUUCACUCACCCUUAUUCUUGGUAGUUCUUUGGAGGAAUAUUUUGUGAGGAAACUGCUUGUACCUUUCAAAAUCUAACCCUUCUUAUAUAUCCUUAUCAUCAAUCCUUGGGACUUUCCUUGCUUGUAUACAUGAUUGGGACACCAAAAGCUCCGUCAGAAGUGAAAAUAGCUUACUAGUCUGGUCUGCGUUGCCCCAACUUUGUCAAAAUUCUGCAAAUUGAGGAUUAAAUCUCCAUAGAUGUUGGAGGAUGGUUGUGGUUAGUGGCUCUAGAUACCAUCUAGAUCACAACGUCAGAAAUGAUGCAUGUAGGAUUUUGCACCAUGAAGCUUUCAAGGGAAGACAAACGGGUAGGAAAUUAACCCAGGCAAAUGUUCACCCCUUAGGAAAGCCUGCUCAAUUGUGCCAGGACUGGUAACCCAGUAGAUAAAGCACUAAGUGAACUGGGCUCACUAGGGGUGGAUGCAGGUUCCACUACCAACAUCAUCUCUACAUAGUGCUGGAUCUCGCAGCUAAAUUUGCGUAUCUUCCGGCAAAAUUAGGGGAGAAAUCGUGUUAGGACUCCCAUUUAUUUAUCUUUUUUAAUAUGCAAAACAAGACAUGUCCAGAUCGUAGAGUUACGUUGAACUACUUGUGUGCUAACUUGCCUUAUUAAUUAAACUGAAUUGUAUCGCCAGUGUUUGCACAAACACAGAGGGAAGUUUAGAAGAGUUCACCAAAGUAUAUUACUGUACAGCUUUUUUGCAUAUCCACAUUUGUAUUCCUUUUCAUGUGUUCAAGUACUCAGCAUUGUUUGCAAUUGUGAGAAUCAUGAUCGGGCAGUAAAAUCACUGAAGUGUGAUAUAUGUUCACAACUUAAGAUUAGUUAACUAGAAACGUGUGCCAAGUGGACGACACUACGUGGUUUUACUGAUAAUCUAAAUUUUUCCGCGCUCAUGGAUAUGUUGGUGGAACAGCUUCUGAAGUAUGUGAUACAAUGCCGGGUUUCUACUUUAGAAGUUCAUUUUUAAUACUUUAGUUCUGCUGAAAUCUGUUGCUGUUGAGGGCAAGAAAAUGUGGAUGUACCGUAAUCUGUUGAGUUGAAAAACUAAAGAUGCAAAAGAAAAGUCGUGUUGAGCUUGACUGGAGAGUGGAAAGUGGAAACAAAUAUGUUGGAAGGAAAAGAGACUGAAUUUUGCCUUGCUCCCCAAUUGCUAGUUCCAGAAGCCAUUUUUAAAUGCCAAACUAUUUUUGUUAUGAAAUAUUUUUGGGAUGAAUCAAGAAGUUGAAAGUGUUUAGGCCGCAAAGAUUUUUUCUUAUGACUGUACAGAAUGUUUGCCUUUGGCCGUUGGGUUAUUUGCACUGAGAUGUGUACAAAGUAUUUUUGAAAUACAUACAGGGUUUCUCAGUUAAAAUUUGCCUCAAAUUCAGGAAGACUUCAGAUUGUUUCUUUUUUAAUCUUUUACUGCAUGAAGUAGAAAGUGCAAAAUUCGUUCUUAAUAAUUCCAAAAUAUUUUAUGAUUAUGUGUACUUGUAGUUGUACAACUGUUGCAAUCUUGAUGGACAAAACAAAAAUUUGACAGACAAAGCAGUUAGAGAUUUUAGCAUCCUUUAACCCCUUCUCGGCGGGAAGGCCACCUUCCAAACCGCAAAUUCUCGGUUUGUGGCCCAGUGUGCUCUGCA